AAUUGAUUCUUUAAGCCAUGAUAUAUGUUAAAUUAGUAAGAUCGAAUUUGUAUGUGUGUUACAUCUUUUGAUCGUAAAAAUUGUGAAUAUUAUUGUUAAAAUAUGGCCAACGCUGUUGCUAAUGUACCUGUAUCAAAAAUCUUAAAAGACAAAAGUGCCUGUGAAGAUGAACCAAGGAAAAAGAGCCGAGAAGAUUGGAGAAAAGCAAAAGAAUUAGAAGAGGCAAGAAAAGCAGGUACAGCACCUGCAGCUGUCGAUGAAGAAGGAAAAGAUAUUAAUCCUCAUAUUCCUCAAUAUAUUAGUGCAACACCAUGGUAUUUUGGAGCACAGGGUCCAACAUUAAAACAUCAAAGACCUCAACCUGAGAAACGAAAAUACUUUAGUGGAAUAGAUGAAUGGUAUAAACGUGGUGUAGAUACAUCUAAAAUUGCAACAAAAUAUCGUAAAGGUGCUUGUGAAAAUUGUGGUGCUAUGACGCAUAAGAAGAAGGAAUGUAUGGAAAGGCCCCGUAAAAUAGGAGCGAAGUUUACAAAUACAAAUAUUGCACCGGAUGAAUUCGCACAACCUGAACUAUGCGUUGAUUAUGAUGGAAAAAGAGAUAGGUGGGCUGGUUAUGACUUGUCUGAGCAUAAAGCUAUUGUUGAAGAAUAUCAAAAAAUUGAAGAAGCUAAAAGACAAAUGCGCGCAGAGAAACUCAAUGCUGAAGAAAACGAUGAACAAGAUUCAGACAAAGAUGAAGACAAAUAUGUGGAUGAAGUUGAUAUGCCUGGAACUAAAGUUGAUUCUAAACAACGUAUUACUGUUCGAAAUCUAAGAAUUAGAGAAGAUACAGCCAAAUAUUUGCGUAAUUUGGAUCUCCAAUCUGCAUAUUAUGAUCCUAAAACUAGGUCUAUGCGUGAUAAUCCUUAUGCAGGCACAGAUAGAGAAGUGGAUUAUAAAGGAGGAAAUUUUGUACGUUUCUCAGGAGAUACACAGCAACAUGCAAAUGCUCAAUUAUUUGCUUGGGAAGCACAUGAGAAAGGAGUUGAUGUACAUUUACUUGCUGAACCUACAAAAUUAGAAUUAUUAAAACAAGAAUAUGAUAAGAAGAGAGAUGAAUUGAAAGAUAAGGCACGAGAGAGUAUUAUCAAACGAUAUGGUGGUGAAGAACAUCUUCAAGCACCACCACCUUCACUGUUAUUAGCCCAAACAGAACAUUAUCAAGAAUAUUCUAGAUAUGGAAAGAUGUAAUGAGUUAAUAAUGUAAAUAAAAAAACUGAAUAUAAUUAA